AUGAGGUCUAUAAAUUUUCUCAAUUCCACUGCAGGUGGCUGUUCCAGUGAAAAUACCUUCAAGUCAGAUGUGCAGUCUGUAUUAUUAAGCAUCAUUCAUGAACUGUUGGUUAAAAGGAAGUUUGAGCUCCUGGUGCCCACAGUUCAUGUUUGGUCCAUUGAUGUGGUGGAUGUGGUAAUUUUUGAGUUGGGGGACAAAAAGAUUGUUGAAGUUACCCGAAGGCUGCUUCAGCAUCUGCUAAAGGAUAGUCAUCGUCGGGGAAAUAGGCAAGCGCUCAAGCACUGGCAAAAGUUUAGUUUGCCAGGACCCAAGCAACUAUCAACAGAAGAUCAACACGAGAUCAUUUCACUCCUGGUGCAAAGUUUUGAGGCUCAGCAUAACUCUGCUUUUCAAGUUACCCUUCCAACUCACAGCUCUAAAGCUCCAGUCGUUGGCUCCAGUUGCAGUACUAAAGCUUCUCUAGUUCUCCCAAAUAGCAGCUCUAAAGCUACAGUGGCUGUUCCAGUGAAAAUACCUUCAAGUCAGAUGUGCAGUCUGUCAACAAAUCUGAAGACAUCAACAAGUGUCGUUGCUUCCAAGGUUAAGAAUGAAGAGAUUGUGCCUGAAAGUAAGACUCCUUCAUUUGGUGAGGUCACCAAUACAACAUCAGCACAUAAAACAGAUUUUCCUCAGAUAGAAACUGAAGCUGAAUGUAGCAAUUCUUUAUUUACCGAUGGAAAUGAGAUUACUCGUGAAGUUGAUUAUUGUAUUGAUGAGAAUUCAGAUGUAGAGAACUAUGAAAUGGAAAUUCAAACUGUCAAAUCCGAACCUGCAGAAGAGGGAGAAGACAGAUUGUCUUUAUCUAGUAUUAGUAAACAAGUUGAAAACGCGCACUUCAUUGAUGAUGGUAUUAACUUGUGGGAUGACUAUGGUUACAGUCAACUCGUUGUAAAUUCUCAGGAAAAUGCUCUUGCACGUGUCGAGGAAGACCUUGAUGACUUGUACAGCACCCAAAUCGAGAAUUUGGAAGGGAAUGACACCAUUAUGUCACGUCCAGACGCUAACGAUAUGGCUGUUCCAGAUGAAGCCAUCCCAAAUGCAAAAGCCAAGAAACAUGUUACAUUUGCCGAUGAUGCAAACUCAGCCAAUACAGUGGCAGGUCCCAGACCAUCUGUCAGCCAAGCAGCCAACACUAAACCCACUAGAGCCCUCUCAGAAGACGAGUUAUUCCGUGAGAUUUUAAACUGGAAAGCAGAGCGCCUCUGCAACAAACAAAGCAAUGGAAGGCCUGCUAGUCUACCUCACAACAACUUUUUGGUACAUCGUGUUCCAAAUUACUUUGACUCCAUUGACCAUUAUUACAAGAUAUUCAAGCCUUUGUUGCUCAUGGAAAUCUGGGAGCAGGCUAUUGGUAGUUGGUGGGGCAAGCAUUUGGACAGGAAACGUGUAGUCAUGGAUGUUCUCGAUGGAAGCAAUGCCAACAGCUUCUGGCUCAUCCCGUGCAGUGGUGUCAUAAAUGAAAAUCAGCACAAGAAUGCCUUGUUCCCUUUGGAGAGUGAUUUAGUUCUUUUGACGCUUGCAGUCACUGAUGGAAGAGCUGGUAGUAAUGAGCAGUCAUACUCCGGCCGAUCAGUGUUUGGUUUUGUGGAGAAAGCUGACGUUAAAAGAGUUCAGUCAACCAGAAAUGGUGGAGAUGAUAAACCAAAAUUCCAGCUGACAUUGAACAUCAAAACUGCUUGCAACUUUCGUCCAAUGAGAAAUUGCCACAUUCAAGUAAAGUUUGUGACAUCACUCCUAACAACGCUGCGUCAAUGGUCUGGCUUGAUGCAUUUUAGCAAGAGUAUCUUAGCCUGUGAUAUCCUGCGACCACGGAAAGCAGACUAUUUUUGUUCAGUUGAUUACAGUCAGUCAUCACAUCUCGCCAAGGAAUACAAUGGAUCACAAGAAAAGGUCAUCUCUACUGCAGCGAAUGCUGUCCACAAGCCCUUCCCUAUACCACGUAUUUGCCUAGUGCAGGGACCUCCAGGAACAGGGAAAUCAUUCACCAUUGUAGGUCUAGUCAAGGAGAUAUUGAGUGUAAGUUGCAAUAUGUGCAAUUCGUUUUACGCUUAUUACCACANGCAGAUCCUAGAAAAUGCAUCCUCGUCAACAACAGAGGAUAAUUUAAACAGUACCAAAGAAAAGCUUCAAAGCACUGCUGCUAAUGAGAAGAUAUUACAACGUGAAAUUUGGAUAUUACAGACGUCGCCUCAAUCCAAUGAGUGUGAGCUCGAGAAACUGGAAACCAAAAAGGCAAACCUCAUCAAACUCAAAAACACCCUGGAGCAGCAGUACCGUCGAGAGAAAGACAAGAAAGCCAACAAGCGUCGGGAAGAAUCACGGAUAAGAAAAGAAAUCCUUCAGUGUGCUGAUGUAAUCUGUACCACUCUGAGUGGGGCUGGUAGUAGCAGCUUGAAGCAGGACCUGGCAGGACGACGUGUCUGCCCUUUCACUUGUGUUAUCGUGGAUGAGGCCUGUCAGUGUAAUGAACUGGAUUUACUCAUACCACUGUGGUUUCAAGCAUCCAAACUGGUGCUCGUUGGAGAUCCCGAACAGUUGCCGUCCACUGUAUUGUCAAUGAAAGCAAAAGAGAAGUUAUAUGGACGAUCCAUGUUUGAAAGACUCUACAGAUUCUUCAGGCAUCACAAAGAGGAAAUGGGGAAACCAGUACUGAUGUUGGAGGAACAGUAUCGAAUGCAUCCAGAAAUUGCAGCCUUUCCUUCUAGCCAUGUUUACAACAACUGUCUCAGGAGCCACAGGUUAGAUACUGUUGACUUUCAAAGUGUAGAACAGAAAUCUUAUCGAUAUGAAAGGAAAGUUGCACUCUUUGCUUUCCAUUUUUGCUUCACCUGGCUUUUAAACGUUUCGUUUUGUCGACGCCCUGUUGUAUGUGCUUGUUUUAGGGGUUUAUCCAGAGGUGAAGCUACAAUUGAAGUAAACACAGUUGAUGGCUUUCAGGGAAGGGAGAAAGAUGUCAUCAUUUUGAGUUGUGUUCGAGCACAGAAUUGUUUUGGUUCUAUAGGGUUUCUUAGUGAUAAGCAACGAAUGAAUGUCGCCCUAACAAGAGCACGACAUGCGCUUUAUGUUUUUGGUCACAUGAAAACUCUCAAGGGAGGUUCUCCCGACUGGAAAGCCUUGGUCGAUGAUGCAGAGGAGAGACAUUGCUUGUUUCCUGUUGAAUCUCCACGAGAGGUGCGGUCAGUUCUUUCCAUCCGCUUAACCAACGACAUCCAUUCUCCUGCUAAAGACCCUCGGUCAAAGACCAAACACAUCUCAGCGCAAGCGAGUGAUUCUCACGAUAACAGUUCCAGUAGCAAUGACUUUGGUGUACACCAGAUGGAUGCACCUCUUGAAGGUUCUUGCUCUGGUUCAGCAGUGGAACGCAAUGAAGGGCAAGUGAAGCCAGUUUCUACCAGUAGAAGAGAGCCGUCGGCAACUGUGGAACGAAGGGCUCACACGUCGGCAGCAGAAAUGGCCAGCAGUGAACCGUUACUUGGUAACGGUCAGCGAGAUGGCCAUGCUGCAGAAAGUGGGAAAAUGAUUGUCAAUUCCUCACGCAGUACUAGGCAAGAACGACAGAAACAUGAGAAGGAAGGGGUACGAUAUAAAGAUCGUCACCAAAAAGAGACUAGGGAAGUGUCAAGACACCGUUCGAGAUCUGAUGAUCAUCGUAGUGAUCCUCGCCGUCAUGGAAACCGAGACAUCAGGAAGAGGGACCAUCACCACAGGAGUCACCAUAGGCGAGAACAGAAAAAUGGAGCCCCUGUUGAGUCAAAUUCAAACCGCAAUCAGAGGGAACAUCGCAGGUACCAUUCGUCACACCGCGAUGGUGAUUAUGAUCAUCGUGAUCGUGAUCGAGAUAGUGAUCGUGAUCGUGAUCGUGAUCGUGAUCGUGAGCGAGUUGAAGGCAGUGCAUUUCAGGGAAGACAAAUGGAACCAGGCCAAAAUAUCAUGAAACUAGACACAAGAUUUCCCUCAACAAUCACCACUUCUUUGGACGAAAAUGAAGUUUCUAAUGAAGACGAGAUACAUUGUAACAACGGACUUGAAAUAGGCACACAGGAUCCUCAUUUCAUUUCUCUUAUCGAAUACAGUGCGGCUCAUAAUGCGGAGCAUUUUGUUAAAUUACGCCAGCAAGAACGGCAAUCCAGUAAAUCUCCGGCGUCGCCUGUUGAAAAUGGAUGGUCACCAGCUGAGCGUGAAUGGUCACCAGCUGAGCGCGAAUGGUCACCAGCUGAACAUGAAUUCACAUCAGCUGAAAUUGAAUUUUCACCAGCUGAAACCACAGAGUCACCUAAGGAAACAACUUCAACCAGGGUUCCACACCCAGGGGUUCAACCUAGAGUUCAAACAACUGUAACCAGGGUGCCAAACCCAGGGGUUUCCAGAAGAAUUGAAACAACUGUAAGCAGAGUUCCGAACCCAGGGGUUUCCCCUAGAGUUGAAACAACAGUAAGCAGACUUCCCAACCCAGGGGUUUCCCCUAGAGUUGAAACAACAUUGAGCAGAGUUCCCAAACCAGGGGUUCAACCUAGCGUUGAAAAAAAUGUAAGCAGAUCGUCAAACGCAGUAGCUUCCACUAGAGUUAAAGAAGCUGUAAGCCAUGCUCCAAAUCCAGGGGUUUCUGCAACUCCAAACCCACUUCCCACUCGAAUCACCCAACACAGGUCCUCUAGCUACUCUUCGGCUGCGACUUUGCCAUCCACAUCUUAUACUACACAUCCAAAUACACUAUCACGUAGAACUUCUGGAGCUGCAGCUAGUUCUUUUAGUCUCUCGUCUGGGCCUGAUAUUUCACAGCCCUCGACCUCAGGAGGUAACCGGUCGCUCGAUCGAAGAGAAAGUAGAACUGAACUAGACCCAGGCGCUCAAAGAGCGUCAGACAUAGUAAGGCAGCGGUAUCCUCCUGUAAAAGGCCCACCGGUAAUCCCAAUUUCAAGUGUUGUUGGAAUCUGGAACCUCCAUGGAGGAUCUCGGAAACGAAAAGCACAUGCCGACACUGGAGACGUCAAUUCGCUGAGACAAAGAGCCAGCGGCGGCGGCGGCAGCUCGCCACCAAAGAGAUCAGCUAAAGGUGCCACCAAGAAAAAGAUGCGACAAGAAACGAAGAAGUACCAAGAAAAUUUCAGAGGGAGAAAGAAUUGGAAAUGACUGACCACAGUAAUGGCUAUUGUGACAUUCCAGUUUAUCCCUUAAACAUUUUCUUCAAGAGGACACUACAUUCAAGCGACAGAUAGCGGCACAAUUAUUGCAAACUCGAAUCC